GUUCAGAAAACACAGACGUCCGAAAGUUUGGACCUGAGAAAAAGAUCAUAUAAAAUCUAACGAUGAAUCAUAUACCACGCAUAUAUUGGAUUAUGGGCUUUACGCUUCUAAUUAGUGGAACUCUAGUGCAUUAUUAUGCACCUAACAUUACAGAAAUAAUAAUUAUUAUUAUGAAAUAUGUGAUAAACAAAUUAUUAUUUGAAAUAAAAGAUAAAGGAGUUUUCGUCUUAACGCUAUCGAUCAUAGGCUGUGUUAUGCAUUUUGUUUUUAAGAGGAUAUAUUUCGAUAUUUUCGAACCUCAAGAGCCAGAAAACAUGCAGCACCAAAACGGGCAGCCUCGCGGCGUCAUAUUUGAAACAGACGAUGAGGAAAAUGAUGGAGAAGUAAUUAUGCAUGGAUAAUUCUCUGAUUUUUUCUAAUGUUACUUCUAAAUGCAUAAUUACAUUUAUUUGUGACAUUCGUAAAAUGAACAAAAGCUAUAUUUAAUUUGACUGAGAACAUAACUCAAUCUAGAGUGCAUUUGUUAAAUAUUAUUGCAUCCUAAAUGAUACGUCAAACAAUACAUUUGACAAACUUGCGACAUAAUACAAAUAAGAGAAAUUAAAUGAAUUUAACGUCGAUUACUCAACAUGAAUAUGACAACAGGAUUAAAUUUUUGUAUCCCUUGAAUAUUAGUUUUAAGUAUGCCAGAUUACUAUACUAUAUUAGUGUAACAAUUUAGCUAUUAAUCAAGUAUCUACAAAAGUUUAGUGUCAACAGAAUUCUUAUAAAUUUGA